GAGAGAGAGAGCUUGGGAAGCGAAGAUGGGGACCAAAAUGAACACAAACUCGAGGAAACCAUUGGAAAAUUGGAGGCAUUGAUAAAUACAAAUAAAGCCCAGAUACCCACAAACCACAGAGAGACAGACAGAGAGAGAGAGAGAGAGAGAGAGAGAGUACAGGAGAGAGAAACCAAACGGCUAUUUAUUUUUUUCUUCUGCCUCCUCUUUUCGCCAUUAUUACUCUCCCUUUCCUUUGUUUUCCUUAAUAAAAAUCUGAAGGCAGCAUCGAUCAUUUUUCGCAGGAUUCUGAAGGCAAAGGUGGGGUUUUUGAAGCUUUGGAGGAUAUCUGGAGAGAAGUUUUGUUGAGUUGGUGUUGACCCUCAGUUUAAGGAUUUUGCUAUAUAACUUCUUUAAUGGAGGAUGUUCUGAUGCAGAGUCAAAUAACAAACACGGAUAAAGCAGCAAAUGUGAUAUUGGACAUUGAGAGCCUCACACAACCAUCUGAUAGAUGCUCUGGGAGUCCUAAAGUCUCGAAAGCUCUAUCUCGUAAAGGCUCAAAUCGAAUGGAGAGACGAUGUGGUGAAGAUCAAGAAACCGAUGAUACAUCCAAAAAGCUCGUCGUUAAAGUGGUAUGUUCACAGCUGGAUCACUUGAAGCAGCCAUUGGUACAUAACAAAUCAUUCUCAGCAACAUCAACCGUAUCAAAUAAUGUUUGUAUUGGAGAUUCUUUAGAUGGGAGGAAUAAGAGGUUUAAUCGUUUAACAACUAUUAAUCCAAGGAAGAUCUUGCUUCUCUUUGCAUCUAUGUCUAGCAUGGGAACUUUGAUCCUCAUAUACUUUACUCUGGCCAUCAAUCGACACGGUGGAGAUUAACUAUUUGGGAAGUUAUCUGAAGGGAAAUGCUAUUGUUGUUUAUUCAUGGACAGCCACAUUUUCUGUUUGCGCAUUUGCUACUUGGAAGAGAGGAGUUCAUAUUUCUUUUACUACAGUUCUAUAUAUAUAUGAGUUAAAAUAGCAUUUGUAGUAAAAAGUAAAGAGAUUGGAAAUAUUUGCUAUGAGUUCUUUGUUGCAUAGUUUUUAAAAUUUUCCGUUUCAAUUGGACGCUAUGAAUUAUUUUGGGUGAUUGAUCUGGCCGAUGUUGUAAAUAAAUUGCGCUUUUCAGUGAAAAACUUUUGCUAUA